ACGGUGGCCGUGAGGCGGCGGUAGCGAUUGGACUCGGUGGGGCCGGAGCCGGGGCCGGGGCCGGGGCCGGGGCCGGGGCCGGGGCCGGGGCCGGGGCCGGGGGCGGGCGCCGCCAUGGGCAACCUGUUCGGCCGCAAGAAGCAGAGCCGUGUCACGGAGCAGGACAAGGCCAUCCUGCAACUGAAGCAGCAGCGGGACAAGCUGAGGCAGUACCAGAAGAGGAUUGCCCAGCAGCUGGAGCGUGAGCGCGCCCUGGCCCGGCAGCUGCUGCGGGACGGCAGGAAGGAACGGGCCAAGCUGCUGCUCAAGAAGAAGCGAUACCAGGAGCAGCUCCUGGACAGGACAGAGAACCAAAUAAGCAGCCUGGAGGCCAUGGUUCAGAGUAUUGAGUUCACCCAGAUCGAAAUGAAGGUGAUGGAGGGGCUGCAGUUUGGAAAUGAGUGUCUGAACAAGAUGCACCAGGUGAUGUCCAUUGAAGAGGUGGAGAGAAUCCUAGAUGAGACGCAGGAGGCCGUGGAGUACCAGCGGCAAAUAGAUGAGCUCCUGGCAGGAAGCUUCACUCAGGAGGAUGAAGACGCCAUCCUGGAGGAGCUGAGCGCGAUCACUCAGGAACAAAUAGAGCUGCCAGAGGUUCCCUCCGAGCCCCUUCCUGAGAAGAUCCCAGAAAACGUCCCUGUCAAGGCCAGGCCCAGGCAGGCGGAGCUGGUGGCAGCUUCGUAAUGUGGCCUCCUCUUGCGGGACUCGCGGGGGUGCCCCAGGGACUGUGGCCCACAGAGAGUUUGGGUCAUCGCCAGCCCCUGACCGGGUUCCCUGGAGCCCAGCGCGCACGGUGCUGAGCAGAGCCACAGCCACGCAGGCGCACGUGCAGGAGGACUCCAGAGUGUCUCCUGGCGACCUCGAGCCUGAACGCACUCAGGCGCCACCGGCCUGCUCUCGUUCUGGAUUAAACCCUCGGCUGAGCCCAGCUUCUGCCGGUGGUGGCUCCCCCGGCGGCCGUGGCCCAGGCCCGAUGCCUCUGGUGCUGUUCCCCUGCAGUCCCAGCCCCCCGCGUGGCUCGCGCGUCUGUGAGGAAGACACCUCCAGACCUUGGGGUCCCCGCACUUCCUCUCGCUCCUCGCCGCUCCCAUUCGCUGGUGCAGGCUUCCGUUAAGGGGCCCCUCCCUUGGCCUGGCUUCUGGCGCACCUCAGCUUCCCUGCUGGUGGGCGGACCCCGGGGAGACCAGCAUGUGCUGAACCUCUCCGUGCCUCUGCCCCCGCGCCCGACGCCCACCUCCCGUUUGAAGGUGGCCGGCCAGGGGUGUUCUUGCUGGAUUGACAACACCUAGAGCCCCGACUCCCUGCUUGCCACUCAUGGCUCUGUCCACCAGGGCUCAGCCCGGCUGCGAAAGGACCUCUGAUGCUCGGGAGACGCUGCUCCAGCAGGUGCAGCCCCUGAAGUUUGUCCAUGGAGGUCCCUGCGGCUGGGGCUCAUGGAACUGCGAGACCCAGGACCCUCCUGCUCUGCAGGCCUCUGAGCCACCAGCAGCCAGGACUGGAGCCACCAGCAGCCGGGACUGGAGCCACCAGCAGCCGGGACUGGAGCCACCAGCAGCCGGGACUGGAGGCUGUGGGGCAUGGCGUGACUUCUCGUGCACAGGGCUGGUUUGGUUAUGAGACGAUCUCGCUGGGACUGCCCCUGCCUGUGGAAAACCACAGGGACAAAGGGAGCCGCCAUCUCGACCCCCAAACAGGCCAGCCCGUAUUAAAGUUGGCCCUGCACGCCCA